GUUUACAAGGUAAUAAAACCGUUUGCUAGAAUGGCAUUGUCUGUCUGGAUCGCAGCUGUCCGCUUGCACUCCUAACCUUGACUUUUAAAAGGGGUACUUUUUCAAAUGACAGUUUGUUCUAUUCCCGUGCUGGUUGGAUCACAGCUCCUUGUUGUUAUACACUUGGGGUACUUGCUCUGUUGACCUUUUGGUAAGAACUUGAUGAAAGACUGUUGACUGGACCUUGUAAAGCUUUCCGUGCUGGAGUUGUCAAACUGGAUGCACAGUAAUUUGUGUCGCAUUGUGUGGAGCAGAGGACAACAGGUUGUGAAACUCUUCCUGCUUACCUUCUGAAAGUCUUGGAGCACCAGCUUUGAGUGUAACCCUGUUCCUCGGAUUGUCCUUAGAUUGACUUCGGAGACUUUCCAGUCCUUCCUAAUGUGGUUUCAGCUUCAACUGAUGUUUCAUCCCCGUCUCCUUGAUACCUUUAUUUCACGUUGCAUGAUAAAAUGAACUAAAACCUACAAUAGAGCCUCAAGAUGGGUCAUCCGAACAGGGUGCUGGCUUGCAGCCUUAAGUACUGCACCAAGGACAGUGAGGGAACCCUUGAUUAUCCGGAUUCUGGAAGGCACAGUCACAUGGCUGGGAUGUCUUGACGGGGUUGCCUGGGCACUCCGGACGGGUGCGAGGCACGUGCUGAUGGGAACUGCUGCUCCAAUAUGAGCCUUCAUGAUGUCGGAGGUAGGAGACGUUUCGAGGACCCCGAGUUCACCUUGCGAAUCUACCCGGGGAGCAUCGCGGAAGACACCAUUUACUGCCCCGUCUCGGCCCGCAAGACUACCACAGCUGCGGAGGUCAUCGGGCAAGUCAUCGACCGGCUCCGGCUGGACAGGACCAAAUGCUACGUGUUGGCGGAGGUGAAGGAGUUCGGCGGUGAGGAAUGGAUCCUGAAUCCCACAGACUGCCCUGUCCAGCGGAUGAUGCUGUGGCCAAGGAUGGCGCUGGAGAAUCGUGUCGGCGGCGAGGACUACCGCUUCCUCCUGCGGGAGAAGAACCUGGAUGGCUCCAUCCACUACGGCAACCUGCAGAUGUGGUUACGGGUCACGGAUGAGCGGCGCCGCCUAGUGGAGAGGGGACUCCUGCCACCUCCGCAGCCCAAGGACCACGAUGACCUGUGCAACCUGCCUGACCUCAACGAAAAGACGUUGCUGGAGAAUCUGCGCAGCCGCUUCAAGGAGGAGAAGAUCUAUACCUAUGUGGGCUGCAUCCUGGUGGCCAUCAACCCCUUCAAGUUCUUGCCUAUCUACAACCCCAAGUAUGUGAAGAUGUAUGACAACCACCGAUUGGGCAAGCUGGAGCCGCACAUCUAUGCGGUGGCCGAUGUAGCGUACCACGCCAUGCUGCAGCGCCAGGGUAACCAAUGCAUUGUCAUCUCUGGUGAGAGCGGCUCGGGCAAGACCCAGAGCACCAACUUCCUCAUUCACCACCUCACUGCACUCAGCCAAAAGGGCUUUGCUAGUGGUGUGGAGCAGACCAUCCUGGGGGCAGGACCUGUGCUUGAGGCCUUCGGAAAUGCGAAGACGGCUCACAACAAUAACUCCAGCCGCUUCGGAAAGUUCAUCCAAGUGAAUUACCUGGAGAGCGGAACCGUGAGGGGAGCCUACGUGGAGAAGUACCUUUUGGAGAAGUCCAGGCUGGUCUACCAGGAGCACAAUGAAAGGAACUACCACGUGUUUUACUACCUGCUGGCAGGAGCGAGCGAGGAGGAGAGGCUGGCCUUCCACCUCAGGAACCCUGACGAAUACCAUUACCUCAACCAGAUGACAAAGAAAGCCGUCAAACUGCACUGGGAAAAUGACUAUGAGAGCGAGCUGGACUGCUUCACGGUGGAAGGGGAGGACCUAAAGCAUGACUUUGAGCGUCUGCAGCUGGCCAUGGAGAUGGUGGGCUUCCUGCCUGCCACACGGAAGCAGAUAUUCUCCCUUCUGUCGGCCAUUCUGCAUCUGGGAAACAUCCGAUACAAGAGGAAGAUAUAUCGGGACGACUCCAUUGAUAUCUGCAACCCUGAAGUGCUGCCCAUUGUCUCUGAGCUGCUGGAGGUGAAGGAGGAGAUGUUGAUCGACGCGCUCACCACACGGAAGACGGUGGCCGUCGGCGAGAGGCUCAUCGUGCCCUACAAGCUAGCAGAGGCUGGGACAGUGCGUGACUCCAUGGCCAAAUCCCUUUACGGUGCUCUGUUUGACUGGAUCGUGUUCAGGAUUAAUCAUGCGCUACUCAACAACAGGGACUUGGAGGAAAGAGCCAAGAUCCUAUCCAUUGGAGUGCUGGACAUUUUUGGGUUCGAGGACUAUGAGAACAACAGCUUUGAGCAGUUCUGCAUCAACUUCGCCAACGAGAGGCUGCAGCAUUACUUCAACCAGCACACCUUCAAGCUGGAGCAGGAAGAGUACUGUGCUGAGGGCAUCAGCUGGCACAACAUCGACUACAUCGACAACAGCGGCUGCAUCAGCCUGAUUAGCCGGAAGCCCACAGCGCUCUUCCAUCUGCUGGAUGAGGAGUGCAACUUCCCGCAGGCCUCAAACCAGACUCUGCUGGACAAAUUUAAGCGUCUGCAUGAGGGAAACAGCUACAUCGAGUUCCCAGCUGUCAUGGAACCUGCAUUCAUCAUCUGUCACUAUGCUGGGAAAGUCAAGUACGGGGUCAAGGAUUUCAGGGAGAAGAACACCGACCACAUGCGGCCUGAUAUCGUGGCCUUGCUGAGGAGCAGCCGGAGCGCCUUCAUCGGCGGCCUGAUCGGCAUCGACCCCGUGGCCACCUUCCGUUGGGCCGUGCUGCGGGCAUACUUCCGAGCCACUGUGGCCUUCCGAGAGGCGGGCAGGAGACACAAAGAAAAGAAGGGUGGACGAGAUGAUGCAGCUCCUUGUGCCAUCUUGAAAAGCGUGGAUAACUUUAGCUUUCUCCUUCACCCCGUGCACCAAAGAAGCUUAGAGAUCCUGCAGAGGUGCAAAGAAGAGAGGCACAGUAUCGCCCGGAAGAGUCCUCGGACACCCCUGUCAGACCUUCAGGGUUCCAAUACGCUAAACGAGAAGUCUCACCGGGGGCAGGACAGCAGCAGUGGGGGGUGGAGUGUGCGCGGCAGCAGGUCGGCAUGGCUUUCCUCGUCCGUGAGCCCGUCUCUGGAUGAAGACGGCGUCAUGGUCAAUUCCAGCAGCAGCAAGAUCUUGGAAAGGGCCCAUGGCAUCCUCAUGCGGAAUAAGAACUACAAGUCGAAGCCCAGCCUUCCAAAGCAUCUGCUGGACAUUAAGUCCCUCAGGUACCUGAGCAGUCUGACGCUGCAUGACCGCAUCACCAAAUCCUUGCUGCACUUGCACAAGAAGAAGAAGCCGCCAAGCAUCAGUGCACAAUUUCAGGCUUCUCUGAACAAACUGAUGGAGACCCUGGGACAGUCCGAGCCGUACUUUGUGAAGUGCAUCCGCUCGAACGCUGAGAAGUUACCGCUGCGUUUCAACGACACCCUGGUCCUGAGGCAGCUGCGCUACACCGGCAUGCUUGAGACCGUGCGCAUCCGCCAGUCAGGGUACAGCAUCAAGUACAGCCACCAGGACUUUGUCCAUCACUUUCAUCUGCUCCUGCCUCACGGCUCCAGUCCCACCCAGCAGAGCAUUAGUGACUUUGUGCGGCAAGUGGACCUGGCGCCGGAUGGCUGUCAAGUGGGCAGGACCAUGGUGUUCCUGCGGGAAGCAGAGCGCCAGCGGCUACAGGAGCUCCUGCACCAGGAGGCCCUGCGGCGCAUUGUCGCCCUGCAGCGCCGCUUCCGUGCCGUGCAGGAGAGGAAUCGCUUCCUGGGCAUGAGGCUGGCGGGCCGCACCAUCCAGCGCUGGUGGCGUGCUUGCAGGCCAAAGUACGCUCAGCCCGAUAGGUGCACUGACAGCAGCCUCCACCAGGGGGCAGCGGUGUGCCUUCAGGCGGCCUGGAGGGGGUACUGUGCACGGAGGAGCUUCCUGCAGUGGCGGGAGGCGGCGCUGGUUAUCCAGAGGAGCUGGAGGCAGCACAGGCGAGGCUGCCGAGAGCGAGCCGCGCUCACCGUGCAGACAGCCUGGCGCGGGCAUCGUCAGAGGCAGCACUACCUCAUCCUGUGGAGCAGAGUGGUGCUUCUGCAGGCCGCCUGCAGGGGGCACCUGGCGCGGCUCAGUGUUAAGGUUCUAAAAGAGCAGAAACCAAAGGAGAUCCCGCUGCAGAAUGGAGAGUGGAGCCCAGCACCAGAUGCAGAAGCCGCAAGCACGAAAGAUCACUCCUGUGAGGAUUGCAAGAGGGAACUCCCAGCUUUUACUGGCCUCAAAGGGAGCCCCUGGCAUGCAGAGGCGGACACAAACUUCCAGGAGGUGGAGGAUGGCGAGGCUCAAGGGGCGCCUAGCACCCAGGAUGAGCCCGUUCAGAAAACCAGGGCUAAGAGGGAGAACCGGAGGAUGAGGGAGCUGGAGCAGGCCCAAUUCAGCCUGGAGAUGCUGAAGGUGAGGAGCACUGCCGGGCGGUCAUCUGAGUUGGUCCCGGGGAGUCUGGAGUCCCCACAAGACACCCCAGACAGCGAGAGUUCCCAGGAAAGCUUCCAUCUGCCAAGAACAGAAGAUGGUCCCCCUGUCACAUCGGAAGAGGUGGCAGACAGUUCUUCACCCAUAAUCCCUGGGUCGCUUGGAGAUCUUGAGUCAUGUUAUCCAAAUGAAAUAGUAUCUUCCGAUAUUCUUACCACCAGACUCGUGACAGACACAGAGAGCCCAGCAUCUUUCCCCAAGAUUGAGAACCACCUACCAACCUUCUAUGUGCCCCCCAAGGAGGGCAGAGAUAUCACCCACCAAUCCCCUGAGGGCUCUCCAACUCUUGAGCCAGAUAGCACAAGCAAAGCCCUGAAGGGAAAGAAGCUGUUGGCCAGUCGGCCGAUGGUAGUGGUCAUCAGCAUGCACAAGGAGACGCCGCUGGAUGACGUCCUGUCAUUGGCACCGGGGGUCUCUGACAGCUGUAACAGGACCAUCCAACAGGCUGACCCGUCCCCAACCCUAAGUCCAUCCCUUGCCCCGUCAACACCUCCAGCCCCUACCUCCAGCGGCCAGGCCGUGCUGGAGCACCUGGAGCGCUUGCAGGAUGAGAGGGAAGAGCGGCGACGCGAGGAGCAGCGGCGCAUGGAGCAGGAGAUGAUGGAGCAGAUCCGUCUCCAGCGGGAUCAGCUGGAACGGGAGCGUGAGGAGCAGAGGCGCAUGGAGCAGGAGAUGAUGGAGCAGAUCCGUCUUCAGCGGGAUCAGCUGGAACGGGAGCGUGAGGAGCAGGCGCGCAAGGAGCGGGAACGCCUCCAGCGGCAAUGCGGGGAGACCCUGCAGCGCAUCCAGGAGUACCGGCAGGUGGCCGGCCGUGGGCUCCAGCAGCCCGGGUCUCCAGCCCCUGCCCCCACCGAGCUGCCAGCUCCGGAUGUGUCUUCCGCAAUUCAAGCCCUCCCCGUUCCUCAGGCUGACGUAGGUGAAGGGGAGACGGCGGAGGGCAAGUCCACGGAGGACACACCUCCCAAGAAGUGCCACACCCAGACCAUCAGCAUCACCAUGACGGACAAGUUCACCGACGCCUUCUACUCCCCGUGGGAGAGCAAGGCCUCCUUUUCCAGGUCUGAGAAAGACUUGACCAAUCAGGGGAGGUCCAUGGCAAUCCAGAAGGACGACUCCCCUUUGAGUCUGAAGCCCCCUUCAGGAUCUAAAGGACGUGAGGUGGCCAUGCCAGGCCAUAGAAAGCGGGUACGGAUGGCACGGACACGCUCCGACUUCCUGACCCGCGCCUCGAGUCUGGAGGGGGAGGGCGGGGGGGCGUCGGAGGAGGAUGAGUACGAUGUGGCUUCCCCCUUCGCGCCCCCCUUAUCCCCCAGCCCACCCCUCCCCACGCAGGAUGCAGAGGGGGGUGCAGGCCGAGCCUGUCACAGUGACUCAGAAACGAGGAAGAUGCACAAGGCCAUGUCUUCCGGGGACUUGGGCAAGACGGACUCCCUGCGGAAGGGAUCCCACUUCGAUGGGAGCAGGGUCCGUGGGAAGAUGCGCUUCUGGGGAAAGGCGAAGCCGGGGGACAAGAAGGCCUUGUGGGAGAAGUCGGCCAGCGUGGAGGAGCCGCUGGAAGGGGACAGCGCCGGAGGGGCGAUGCAGUUGGGGGAGCAUGAGCGCCCCCACGCGCACAGCAUGGAUGUGGGCCCCGAGCGGGGACGGGAAUCCAAGGAGAACAAGGAACCGUCUCCUCGGGCCAAGCGGAGGCGCAGCGUGAAGAUCAGCAGCGUGUCCCUGGAUGUGGCGCCCUGGCAGAACGACCUUCUGCGCAUGUUCACCGGCGCCAAUGACUACCGCUGCAUGAACGAGUUCCUCAUGAAGAAGAUAAAUGACCUGGAGAGUGAAGAUAGCAAGAAGGACACCAUGGUGGAUGUUGUCUUUAAGAAAGCCCUCAAAGAGUUCCGUCUGAACAUUUUCAACUCCUAUUCCACCGCUUUGGCUAUGGAUGACGGUAAGGGCACACGCUACAAGGACCUCUACGCCCUGUUUGAGCAUAUCCUGGAGAAGAGCAUGCGGCAGGAACAGAGAGACUGGGCUGAAUCCCCGGUCCGGGUCUGGGUCAACACCUUCAAGGUCUUUCUGGACGAGUUCAUGACAGAGUGCAAGCCCCUGGACAGCACAGCCAGCAAGGUGCCAAAACCGGAACGUAAAAAGCGGCGUAAGAAGGAGUCCGACAUCGUGGAGGAACACAACGGCCACAUCUUCAAGUCCACGCAGUACAACAUCCCUACCUACUGUGAAUACUGCUCAUCUCUCAUCUGGAUCAUGGACCGCGCGUGUGUCUGCAAGCUAUGUCGAUAUGCCUGCCACAGGAAAUGCUGUCUCAGAACCACCGCCAAGUGCAGUAAAAAGUAUGACCCCGAGAUGACCCCCAGGCAGUUCAGCGUGGAGGUGUCGCGUCUGACCAGCGAGGACCGGGCGGUGCCAUUAGUGGUGGAGAAGCUGAUCAACUAUAUCGAGAUGCAUGGCCUAUACACAGAGGGUAUCUACCGGAAGUCUGGCUCCGCCAACAAGAUCAAGGAGCUCAAACAAGGAUUGGACGCAGAUGUCAACAGCACCAACUUAGAUGACUACAACAUCCACGUCAUCGCCAGCGUCUUUAAGCAGUGGCUGCGAGACCUACCAAACCCGCUUCUAACCUUCGAACUCUAUGAGGAAUUCCUCCGUGCUAUGGGUUUGCAGGACAAGAAGGAGAUGAUCCAGGGAGUGUACUCAGUGAUCGACCAGCUGAGCAGAAAUCACCAGAGCACUCUAGAACGUCUGAUCUUCCACCUGGUCAGGAUCGUGCUGCAGGAGGAGACCAACCGCAUGUCGGCCAACGCUCUGGCCAUCGUCUUCGCCCCCUGCAUCCUGCGCUGCCCCGACUCCAUCGAUCCACUGCAGAGUGUGCAGGACAUCAGCAAGACCACGGCGUGUGUGGAACUGAUCAUCUGUGAGCAGAUGAGCAAGUACAAGGCCCGCCUCAGGGACAUCAGCAGCCUCGAGUUUGCUGAGAACAAGGCCAGGACCAGACUCAACUUCAUCCGGAGGUCCAUGAAACCUGUACUAAUUGCCGUUAGGUUUAGGAACAUAACCCGAAGUAGCGUCCCGCCAAAUGCAGCUAAGAAGGGCAAGGUGCGGCUGCGGAGGGCCAUGUACCGCACACCGUCGCCGCCCAUGAGCCCACGCUCAGCGUACGGUGGCGGGGACAAGGCUGAGGAGAGCAGCGCCGAGGAGGCCAGUGGAGGGGGAGAGCUGACAGAGCAGCAGGCCGCCUUGCAGCAGGAAGAGAGGCUGCUGAUGGUGCAGAUAGAAGGCCUGCAGCGGGAGAAGGAGGAGCUGACGUUUGACAUGCUCGCCCUGGAACCCCGAGCUUCAGACGAAGAGACCAUGGAGUCAGAAGCCUCCUUCGUCGCAGCGGUCAGCUCGGAGAACCUUGAUGUGGUCAUGGAGGGAGCAGCCAUGGACCUCUCCGAGAGACCGCUGAUGGCCACCCUACCAAAGAGGUCUGAGAGUAAGCGUAGGCGGCACCUGCGCCGGCAGCCCGAGUCCCUGGACUCUGCCGAUUCCUCGGCUUCUAUCAACUCCUCCUUCCAGUCCCGCUCCUCCACCACCCGCCGCCUCCGCUAUCGCUCAAGUUCUCCCCCACCGCCCCCCGCACGGGAGGUCGAAGACCGGCCCUGCUUCCCCACCUGUUCCUUCAGCCCUGAGAACGGCAGGCAGAGGACCUCCAAGAAACCACCCCGUCGGUGGCGAGAUCCCACUGAGGCCGAGCCCGACUUCGGCACCGCCCAGCCGCUGGUUUUGUACGGCAGCAAUGAGUUCAUGGUGUGAGGCGUGCAUCUCCGCGGAAAGCUGCUUUUCCCCCUCGGCCUAAUCUGGGGGGGCUCAUAGGGCAAGGGGCUACCUUUUAUGCGUCUGUGCCAUGGCUGCUGUCUACAGGAGAGGGCCUACUGGGACACUUAGCUACACCCAGAGGGGAAAAAUGGCAGUGAGGAAAAACAUCCAUGUCCUGUGAAGGAUGUAGGUGGCAAUGACAUCUGUCUCCAGGAAGAAUAAGGACCAUCGGACAGACAGGGGUGACGCAAAACAGGAAACAGGACGAACUCCACCAAUCACUGCUCUCAGGUUUGCAGGAUAGACCACUCGAGUGGAGCAGUAGGCACUGUUUACUGAGAUGAUAAUGACACAGGUUGAAUGAAUCUCUAUGAUACGAUCCUUGCAUACUUAAGCCUGAUCUUCAAAGGCACCGAUGGUAGGAAGAAGUAGGUAAGGUGUGGGGAUGCGUAGGUUGUCGGGAAAUCCACUCGACGAUAUUUUUUUGUUCAUGCUGCUUUUAGUUAUCCUUUCGUGGUGAGAAACACCAGCGAAGGGUCUGUUCUGACGUGCAUCCGCCAGGAUGACCUCUGCCAUUUUAGCUUUGUACAUUUGCAUCGCCACUGUCCAAACUGUAAUGGUUAAAAUUUACCCAGAAUCCCUCGCCCAGCGCGAGACAUCAGUGUUAAACUAUUGAACUGGAACUUGAAUUUUUUUUGUCAUUUUUAAAAAUGAUUGUGUCGAAUGUUGGGAAUAUGAGUUGCUAUGUUCUGGUCGUUGUCAUGUCUGUGGCUGUGUAAGUCCCACUCCCCGGAUCAGUCCGGAUAAUCUGACCAUGCCCUGGGCUCCCCCUUCUGGCCUGCGCAUCAUCAUGAUUUAACCUGCCUCCCCGUCUGCUGGUCCAUCCCGAAGGGGACAUGUGGCACCACUGAGGGGGAGGUCGGUUCUCCUGACACUGCAUGCGGGAUGCAGUAGACAUACUGUCCAUCCAGCCCUGUCUAUGCACUGGCUCCACUGGGUUCUUCUCAGCCUUGGCUUUCAUUUCCUCAGUCAUGGCUGACGGCACAGCUCAUCUUUCCCGGUGCUUCGUGCGUGAAUCAUUACUGUAACUUUAAGGCUUCUAGAGUCUCCCAUCUGCAGCAUGCAGUGACUUCAUCUGCAGUGACCCAGGUACGCGCCCUGUCCAGCCUCCACCCAUCUCUCCUCCAUUCUGUCCCACCCAAACAGUCGACUGAGCCAAUCAGCCUGGGUCUGAGCCCCCCGUCCACAGAUGGCGAAGGACAGCUAGGAAAUUGUAACCCCGCCCCUGGCUGUUUGACCACUCAGAUGUUAUCUGAGACCAGUCUUCCGUCCAUCCAAGUAGAAGUUUUCCGCAGUUCUGCCGUGAAGCUCUUGUGACAGCUGCGGAGGUGCAUGUCUGUGACGACCUGGACGUCGAGACUCGCCGCCUGUCGAUCUGCGCUUUCCCUUUAAGAAAUUAAAGCUACCAGGUAGACUUGAUGACGUCCCGCUAGAUUUUGCUUAAGUGUCUCUGUUUUCCUGUUGCCCUGCCAGAGGCCCUUGCGAUGCUGUGACCCCGUGCAAUAUGCCAACAUGAAGGGAAAUGGUCUCCUGCAGAUGCCUUUAAGGACCCUGGAGAUGCUGGUAUUUAUAAAUCAAGAAAUGCACUUGCAGUUCAGUUCUCUGAAAUGGAGAGCGAAGGUGAAACCAAAAGGAUGGUUACCUUCAGGCUGAAUGAUGCAAAAGACCUUGAUGAGGCCUCCUAGCCCACAGAUGGCCUUAUCCGCUCAACCAUCUCCCAAUUCAACAAGUCAGCUGUAAACUUGGGGUCUAAUCUCUCAUAUACUACAACAAUCUGGGAAUGCCACUCUCUCUGUUCAUGAAACUGCCUGGAAGUAGCUUGUGAGCGGAUGCACCUGUAAUAAACUCGCUGAUCUUUAUCCUGAUGUCAGUAUUUCCCAAAGAAGGUGCCAGCCUAGCUUUUGUUCAUAUAACUGCUUAAUGCCUGACCUAGGUCUCACGUCACAAACUGGCCGCAAAACUUGACACAAGUUCUAACCAUGCAUUUUGCUCUGUGUUCUGUAAAAUGUGCUAUAUGUUGUCUGCCUGUUGUUAAGGAGCCCAGAAUCUUUAUUUCCUCACUUUAAUACCGAGGUGACUGCUUCUGACAUCUAUUAGCGCCCCCCGCUGGCGUGGGGGACAAAUACCUUCUACAGUGCAUCCAGAUCUGUAGUUGUCUUUCGGUCCUGUGGGCUUGUCAGUGCUCUUGGCAUCCUGAAGUGAAUGCUCUAAUCACUGGAAAGGCAGACUCCACUUAAAAAAAACUAUAUAUAUAUAUAUAUAUAUAUAUAUAUAUAUAUAUAUAUAUAUAUAUAUAUAUAUAUAUUAGUAAAUUAUGAUUAUGCUCAUGAUUGUACAUUUGAAAUUGUAUCUGUUGUUAAAGGAUAUAUUAUCCUGUGUAUUGCAAGAUAUAUCACCUUAAAUGUUUUUACUCAUCGCCUGUCAGACAGGGCUAUAGGACUUGAGCUUUGUAUUUCAGUGUGCUCUUUUGGACAGUGGUAUGUAUAAAGUGCAAUUUGUGUAAUAUUUCUUUUAAAAAGGAUUAAAGCUGUAUAUGUCUAUGGAUGUACAAACAGGUUUAUGAACAAAUUAAUCUUCAGCUUAAUAAAAUAAAAAAUCAAGCCUA